UAGCUUUCAUAUUUUCCAUUAUUCUAAAUUCUGUUUUGUAUAGUAUAUAGUAACAAUAUCCCACCCGACACCAUUUCAACUAUUCCCGCUGAAAAUAAUUAAAUCAAGCUGGGGCAGCGCCCGUUCGAGAUGGCCAUGAAUGGUUGGAUCUGCCUCGAGAGCCUCCUGCCAUAUCUCCCUUUGGUGCACGCCCCGUAUGUUUGUACAUACAUAUAUAAACUGUUGCGACAAUGUCAACAUGCGAAGUUCUUCCUACCGCAAAGAUGACAGAUGACCACUUCAUGAACCCAUGCAUUUUAAUCCGCAGGCUGCAGUCCGGGCUCUUUUGGCCUGGCCAAAAAACAAUGCCCAUGCGGCCCAAAAGGGUUGGGAUCCUGCAUCCGGCCUGGCUUCAGGGAUCUUUAAGGAUGGGUAUGCCGGUGGUCCGAAGACCAGUCCGGGUGGAUAAUGAUGGAAGUGCACUCGGCCUGGCUCGCGAAUCCUCUUUGUCUGUCCCUUUUAUGUCCCAGUCAAAUUACCUCAAUAGCUGGAGAAAAGGGCAAAGAGUGGGGUGAGGAAAAUCCUUUUUUCUCGGCCCUUCGUUAAGGCUAUGGAAAGUAAAAUGUAUAAUGUGUAUUCUUCUGCAAAGGGGGAAUUAUUUAAGCGGGCUUAAUAAAAAAACGCUCUGCGUAAUGCAAGGAAAUAAUGUACCUAUAGUCAAGGGAUAAUCAUGGAUUAAUAAUACAACACAAUUGGACAGCUUUAUUAUAUUUUUAGUUGCUGCAUUUAUAAGUAACUAAUAGUCAUACAACUAAAUGAUGCCACAAGAAAUAUUCUAAAGCCCUUAUAUACUAAGCCACUACAUAUAUACUAAGCCACAUACCGAAAACCUAUCAACUAAAAAGCUAUAACCAAAAUCCAAAAGCUACCAAGUUUUAGGUCAUGGCAAAUAUUUCAAUAUAAAUAUAUAAAAAAAUAUUACGCAUACGCGUUCAAGUGCAAUUUAUGACGGGAACCACUAUCUCUUUCGCUCGAAAAUCCAUAAGCUUAAGCAAGCUGUAGGCUAAAUCCUGCGCAAAUUUCCAGGCGUCUCGUUCAGUCGAAUUGGUUGAGGAAAAUUGCCGAUCCUAAGCCGGCAAUAAAAAUAUCAACAGCAGCGAACGAGCAAGGAUAUGCAAAAUAAAAAUGGCAACGCCCUCCUAUUAUUGGCUGACUCCGUGGCCUGUUUCCUAUUUGUUUAAUAUUUUUAUGUACUCGAGC